AUGAAAAAUAAUGUUUGAUCAUCUUAAACAGAAAAAAAUAAAAGGUUAUAGCAAAAAAUGGUGAACUUAGCGGUUGCACUAAGAUCGUCGAUGUGCAUUAUCGUGAAAUCAGCCGGACUUGUUCCACAUACCGUAGAAACCGAACCAGGAACAAAGGUUAACUUCUGGUUACCGAAAAACUCCUGCGAAAACUCAGCCGGGAAGCCAGCAAAACCAGCAGUAUUACUCAUUCACGGUUUCGCCGGCGACGGAGUGAUGACGUGGGCGUUUCAAGCUUGUUCGUUAUCAAAGAGUUACUCUGUUUACAUACCGGACUUACUAUUUUUCGGUGGGUCUUACACCGAUAAACCGGACCGGUCACCAGAGUUUCAAGCCGAGUGUAUGGUUAAGGCUAUGAGUAUCCUUGGCGUGGAUAAGUUUGUCCCGGUCGGAUUUAGCUACGGUGGCGUUGUGGCUUUCAAGAUUGCGGAGUUGUAUGGGAACAUGGUUAAGGCUUUGGUGGUGACCGGUGCACCUCCCAUUAUGACCGAUUCGAAUGUGAACCGGUUUGGGUUAAGUUCAAUGUCGGAUGUCUUGUUACCCAAAACGGUUAAAGGACUUGAGUUUCUUCUCUCCGUUUCUUUGCACAAACGCAUUUGGCUCCCAAGUUGGCCUCUCAAAGAUUACCUUAAGACAAUGUUCACAAAUAGGAAAGAAAUGGCUGAACUUUUAGAAGCUCUAAUCAUCAACAAAGACACUACUACACUCCCCAGUUUCCCUCAGAGAAUACAUCUUUUGUGGGGUGAAAAUGAUCUAUUCUUCAGUGUUGAAUUUGCAAAAGAUCUGCAACCGAAAUUGGGUGAAAUGACAAGCAUGGAGAGUAUAAAAAAUGGAGGUCACUUGGUGCAACUAGACAGACCAUUUGUCUACAACAAACUACUCAACAAAUUUCUUGUUUCUGUUCAUUAAAACAAAGUUUGUGCUUAAUUAAGGCAGAGUCACUCGACGAAGAUAAUGCUCGGCCUGCUCGAAAAGUGUCUCUUAAAUUAAUAAGGAGAGACUGAAUUCAUACUUGCCAUUUUUCUAAUGAUCCUAGUAAAAAUCAAUUUUCGAAAA